ACGUCAUCAGGGGGCGCGACAGAAGCCUUUCCCAAUAUGGCGGAGCCGGCGGCGUCUCGUAGAGAAGAAGCUGUGCUUGUGUCCGGUGCGACUACGGGCGAGGAGCCGCCUGUUUCUGCUUCGAGGACUGCCGACGGGAAGGAGAAGGGCACCGGCGAGGCUAAGGAGCGGGAAGCGGCGCCUGGAGAGAUCAGAACUGAGGAUUGUGUAGGGCUGCUUACAGGAGAGACAGAGGAGUCAACAUCUUCUGCAAGCAAGAAAGUAAAAAUAGAGAUAAAAGAUAAAAAAGAUAAAAAGAAUAAAGUCGAUGAAGAUGAGAUUCAAAAAAUGCAAAUACUAGUUUCUUCUUUUUCUGAAGAACAGCUAAAUCGCUAUGAGAUGUAUCGUAGAUCAGCUUUUCCGAAGGCUGCUAUUAAACGGUUGAUCCAAUCAAUUACUGGAACUUCAGUCUCUCAGAAUGUGGUUAUUGCCAUGUCAGGGAUCUCCAAAGUUUUUGUUGGAGAGGUGGUAGAAGAGGCCCUAGAUGUGUGUGAGAAAUGGGGAGAGUCACCACCUCUGCAGCCUAAACACAUGCGCGAAGCUGUCCGACGGUUGAAGUCAAGAGGACAGAUCCCCAAUUCAAAAUACAAGAAAAUUCUCUUUCAUUAAGACGACAGUGAGAAAGGACUAAGCGGUAUGGGGAUUUUCCAGGCUGGAUUAAAGAGGACUUCUGCUGAUGGAAGGAUUUAUGCUGAUGAUGACAGUACCAAUAAUCUGAAAUACUGGUUUACUGGGGGAAUUUGGCAACUUUACUGGAAGUGUUACUAUUAAAGAGGGGGCAAGAACAGGACCAUAAUGUAUCAGUAAAGGACUUUCAAAUAUGACAGGUAUGGUAGUAUAUUCAAUGUAUUUUCAGAUUUUUAAAAUGUAAAUAAAUUGGUUGCAUGUA